AUGGAUGUCGACAUUGAGUUACCCGACGCAGACACGGCCUUGGUGUGCGGCGAGGAGCCGAUGAUGCCCACCGACAAGCGUCUCGGCGGCAGAGACCAAUAUCAUCGGGCCCCCUCAUGUCUCUUGCGUGACCACGACACGCUCGACGGCCGCGUGAAGUUGGAGAAUCCCGACAGCGUCAAGGCGGAGGGUCAUGAGUGUCAGGAGGAGGCGACCGCAGGAACCGAGGCCAGCAUGGAGCAGGAGGAUCACGGCACUGGGGGGGAUGAACGGCAGAGGUUGUAUCGGCAGGCCGCCGUGGAGCUCUACACCAAGCUUGCCAAAAUGUUGAGCCGCACGUCAGUUGUUCCACCGCCUUUACCAGACGCAGAGCCUGAGAAUGCCACGGCCGAAGCAGUCGAGGCCCCACCAGAGGGCCAAGGCGAUGGGGAAGCUGCCGAAGGAGAUGAGGAUGCAGGAGGAGCACCCGAAGGAGAGGUCGGCGCUGUCGACGACGGCGGGGACGUGGAGAAAGACUUGGAGCUGAUUCGGGAGAAGGGGGUCAGCCCCUUAUCCAUGGGGGCCCCAUGGCCGACAGGUUCACACCUUGGGGCGGCCUGCAGGAUCAAGAAGACGAUCAACUCGUACGUCGACGCGCUAGGUGACCCCAAGUGGUUCGAAGAGCUCAUUCUUGGAACGGUCCACGCCUUGCACAGGCGCUACCAGAAGCACAAGCCCAGCAUAAUUGGGAAGUGCUCUUUUGAGGUGCAAUUGGCUUACACUCAGGUGGACAAUCGGCUUGCUGCGUUGAUUACCCUGCACAAAACCAUUAAAUCAUGGAUUGAGGCCCAAGUGGAUAUGCUCUUGCAGGAGACGCUGGCGCCGUUCUCCGUCAUGGUCUCCUACUUCCUCCACUCGGACAGCGCCAUGUCGGAGGAACUCAACAUCAUCUUGACCUAUGCCACGUUCCAGGGGAUGUCGCUCAAGCUGGAGUCGGUCGCGCACGCGAUCGAGACAUUCGACGUUAGCAUUCUCACCCACAUCAGCGAGCUCGCGAAGGCCAAGCCCGAGGAGCCAGCUCCAGAAGCCACGCCAGCUGUAAAGGCUGAGGAGGGGAGCACGGCCACGGCCAGCGCUGGCACGGGCACCAAAAGGGGGAAGACCGCUAAGGAGUCGAUCAAGCGAGCUGGGGAGGAGCUCAAGCAGCGAGCCGCCAUUGGCCAGACCCCGAUCUAUCACCUCUCCGUCAUGGUGUCGGAGGCUGUUCGGACAUGGAUCACCGAGCUUCCCGAGUGGUGGAUCAAGGACGAGUUGAAGGCCUACGACCUCGUAGUCGAGAUCGAAGUGAUCGUUAAGCAAUGGGGCGCCAAGGAGAGGAACAUGCGGACCGACCUGGAGGACGACACGUUUUCAGAGGUGCUCAGGAGCUUCGCUGUCAUCGCGAAGUGCGCUCACCACACGGAGUCCGCCAGGCCUUCCUCGAGCGACGCGCGGCACGCCAGGAGGGUGAUCCUCGACCAGGUUCGGCAGCCGAGCUCUCCUGCGUCGGAGCUCGCGCGCACGCUGCAGGCAUACCCAGUGGGCAAGGCGAUGAUGGAGGCCAGCCGCCUGCACGUGGCUCAGAGCAUCGAGGACGACGCGGCGACGGGAAAGUUCGAGGCCUCGUCGAAGCGUUUCGAGAGCCACUUCGCGGAGUGCUUUGACGAUUUGCCGCAGUGGAUCGCCAGGAUGCGCCGCAUCUCUGUCGAGGAUGGCUUCGGCUUCAUCGACGACCUCUUCAAGAACAUGUGCCCUUUCUUCGCGAGCGCGCACGGUGCCAUACAGAAGUGGUCCGCGGCGUCGGUGCACUCGAACCUCGACUACAUGGCGAGCAACCUGUCGAACUCAAUGGACCUCAUCAGGAUCGGCAGGUACAUGCUCAUCGACAUAUGGGGCGAGCUCGUUCUGCCUAUAAUGCCGACGCUCAGCGACGCGCUACUAGCGCGCACUAACGGGUACGAUAUUCAGGGGUGUGAUGAUGGGCACCCUUUGAUGGAUAUGGAUCAGAAGUCCGAGCACGAUGAGGCCAUCAUGGAGGUGAAGGCAUCACACGAUAAGACCAUCGAGCACUUCUCCGCGACGGCGGUCCUCGUCAAGGAAAGCAUCACCAGCUUCGGCAACACCCUGACGGACAUCAACACCAGGUGGGAGAACGCCAAGGUGGCCUUACUCGGUCGCGUGGGCGAGGUUAUCUACGAUAAGUUGCCUGAGGAGUUCGUCUCUAACCCAGUCAAGCUUCAGGGCUCCAUCGGGCGUGCCACUGACCUGCUGAAGGAGAUGCUCACAUUCAUGGAGUACUGCGUGAAACUUGCGGAUAUGAAGGCACAUGUCAUGCAGAUCGCUGAGCAGCAGGAGGAGUUCACGAACACUGUGGUCAAGUUUGCGGGCAUGUUGAACUGGAUGAAUCGGGAGAUCUUCGAGUUCGAUGCCGACAGCUUGGCCACCGAUCAGUGCCGCGUCCUGAAGGUGAGCGAUGUCUUCAGGCAGUUCGUCAACGACGUAGGCACGCCCAUCUACACCGACGCCGCCGACAACUUUGUCAAUGGCCUGCUCGCGGAGAUCGCCCCCAAGCUCAGCUUCGGACUCGGCGAGGUCAGCGAGAGCGUCGUGCGAGAGAUCGCCCAGGAGCAGGCUUUCGCCAGGCUGGUCACUGACGCCGACAUCACUGCCGUCCUGCUGCCAGGCGUUGUAUGGGCUGACGGCUCUCAGAUCGACGAUGCAGCUGUAGAGGCGGUUCCGUACAACAAGGCGUUCUCAGACUUGGUGUCAUUCAUGCAGGCAGGUUCCAUUAGCGACAUCUUGAUCCCAGGCGCCUCUAAAGACGGCCUCGAGGCUCGCAUGCCAGUGGAUCUUGCGAAGCUGUACUUGGACAUCGUGACGCAGGUGAAGGACUUGGUGGGGAUCGCAGCGCAGCUGCACUCGAACCUCUACAUGGACCAGAAGGCGAGCGAGGAGGACAUGUUCGGCAAGUUCACCCAUGCGCAGCGCAUGAUGGGGAGGGCGCUGGCACGCAUGGACAAGCUCCUGAGCUCGAAGGAGGUCCACGAGUUCGAGAAGCAGGGCUGGGCGCUGACCGUCACCCCUCAGAGCGCGAGGCAGUGGAUCAGCGCGCUCGCAGUCUACUCGUGCAGCUUCGGCUUCAUCGACGACCUCUUCAAGAACAUGUGCCCUUUCUUCGCGAGCGCGCACGGUGCCAUACAGAAGUGGUCCGCGGCGUCGGUGCACUCGAACCUCGACUACAUGGCGAGCAACCUGUCGAACUCAAUGGACCUCAUCAGGAUCGGCAGGUACAUGCUCAUCGACAUAUGGGGCGAGCUCGUUCUGCCUAUAAUGCCGACGCUCAGCGACGCGCUACUAGCGCGCACUAACGGGUACGAUAUUCAGGGGUGUGAUGAUGGGCACCCUUUGAUGGAUAUGGAUCAGAAGUCCGAGCACGAUGAGGCCAUCAUGGAGGUGAAGGCAUCACACGAUAAGACCAUCGAGCACUUCUCCGCGACGGCGGUCCUCGUCAAGGAAAGCAUCACCAGCUUCGGCAACACCCUGACGGACAUCAACACCAGGUGGGAGAACGCCAAGGUGGCCUUACUCGGUCGCGUGGGCGAGGUUAUCUACGAUAAGUUGCCUGAGGAGUUCGUCUCUAACCCAGUCAAGCUUCAGGGCUCCAUCGGGCGUGCCACUGACCUGCUGAAGGAGAUGCUCACAUUCAUGGAGUACUGCGUGAAACUUGCGGAUAUGAAGGCACAUGUCAUGCAGAUCGCUGAGCAGCAGGAGGAGUUCACGAACACUGUGGUCAAGUUUGCGGGCAUGUUGAACUGGAUGAAUCGGGAGAUCUUCGAGUUCGAUGCCGACAGCUUGGCCACCGAUCAGUGCCGCGUCCUGAAGGUGAGCGAUGUCUUCAGGCAGUUCGUCAACGACGUAGGCACGCCCAUCUACACCGACGCCGCCGACAACUUUGUCAAUGGCCUGCUCGCGGAGAUCGCCCCCAAGCUCAGCUUCGGACUCGGCGAGGUCAGCGAGAGCGUCGUGCGAGAGAUCGCCCAGGAGCAGGCUUUCGCCAGGCUGGUCACUGACGCCGACAUCACUGCCGUCCUGCUGCCAGGCGUUGUAUGGGCUGACGGCUCUCAGAUCGACGAUGCAGCUGUAGAGGCGGUUCCGUACAACAAGGCGUUCUCAGACUUGGUGUCAUUCAUGCAGGCAGGUUCCAUUAGCGACAUCUUGAUCCCAGGCGCCUCUAAAGACGGCCUCGAGGCUCGCAUGCCAGUGGAUCUUGCGAAGCUGUACUUGGACAUCGUGACGCAGGUGAAGGACUUGGUGGGGAUCGCAGCGCAGCUGCACUCGAACCUCUACAUGGACCAGAAGGCGAGCGAGGAGGACAUGUUCGGCAAGUUCACCCAUGCGCAGCGCAUGAUGGGGAGGGCGCUGGCACGCAUGGACAAGCUCCUGAGCUCGAAGGAGGUCCACGAGUUCGAGAAGCAGGGCUGGGCGCUGACCGUCACCCCUCAGAGCGCGAGGCAGUGGAUCAGCGCGCUCGCAGUCUACUCGUGCAGCUGCCGCAACCAGCUGUUCAAGAACUUGGAGGCGGUCCUCCAGUGCCACUCCAAGGCGUGCAAAGGGAUACUUCCAGAGCUCGACGCGGCGGUCGACUCGAGCGGACGCUUCAACGAGAAGCUCGGCCUCAAGCUGUUCAACAACCAGCAGGGCGUGGUGAACGCCUACAACAAGGUGCAUAAGAGCAUGUCACACCUGGUCAGGGCGGGCAAGCUCCUGGAGUUGGUGCCUACCGUGGCCGAGCACGACCUGACGGCGGAGGCCGUCGCGACGGGCGUCACGUGCAUGGCCAUCGGCCUUGCAAAGGGGCGCUCUGCGCCACCUGGGGCGAAGGCGAACCAGGUCGUGGCGAUGACCCGCGGCGUGCAGAUGCUGGAGGAUCUCAAGACCUCCCCGACGGGCCCUGCGAGGGCCGCGGCGUUCCUGGAGCGCUACAAGACGGACAAGGCGAAGGACGUGCCCACGUGCUUCUGGGCGGAGUUCGAGGCGAUCUCGGCAGAGGAUCGUGGCGCGCCAGCCGCGGUCGGCGCCGAGGCUCCGCCUGCCGCCGAUGGCUCCAGCGGCUGCUGUGGAGGGGCGGCGCGCGCGGCCAGCGGCAGCCAGUGCUACACGCCCCAGCCAAAGGGCACGGGGCCGCCGAGCCAGGGCACGGCGACCAAGACCAAGCAGGAGCAGCACGACAGCGGCGGGGCGUCGAGCUCAGCCGCGGGCGCCAAGCGUGGCGCGCCAAGCUCCAGGCCAGCUGGCCUGAAGCGCGCGAAGCGCUAG